AUGUUACCUGAUACUGAUGUACGUCUCCCCUCAUUCGCACUUCCAUGUGGUGUAGCCGGUCCUCCACCAAAGGCUGCAUCAUCAAAUGCUAAAACAAAGAUCAAGAAACCACCAAGACCACCAAAUGCUUUCAUCUUAUAUCGUAGAGCUAAACAACCUGGUAUCGUAGCCAGACAUCAAGGAAUUACUAAUAAUGAAGUUUCAAAAGAGAUUGGUAGAAUGUGGCAUGAAGAACCAGCUGAAAUUCGAAUGAAAUUUCAAAAAAUGGCAGACGCAGCUAAGCAAGAACAUAUGAAAAAAUACCCUGAAUAUAGGUAUCGUCCAAGA